CUGUGUGGUCACACUUUCGCCGUUUAAUUCUUAUUUUUAUUUCGCGAUUUGCAGAAGGGAAAAGUAUUGAAGACCUGUAAAAGCAACUUGCCACCUAUUUGGCGCCAACAGGUGGUUUGUCCCCAGAGGAGUACACGUGCUCGAAAACGUGCAGGUUUUGUUUACUUUAAUUGACUUAAAUUGGUUCCAAUUAAGUCAAGAUGAUCCGCAAAGUGCCGCUGAUUGUGAUCCUGGGCUCGACGGGCACUGGCAAGACGAAGCUUUCUUUGGAGCUGGCCGAACGCUUCGGAGGCGAGAUAAUAAGCGCGGAUUCCAUGCAGGUGUACACUCACCUGGACGUCGCCACCGCCAAGGCCACCAAGGAGGAGCAGUCUCGGGCACGACACCACCUCCUCGACGUGGCCACACCGGCGGAACCCUUUACUGUCACCCACUUUCGCAAUGCCGCUCUGCCAAUCGUGGAACGCCUUCUCUCAAAGGACACUCCUCCAAUUAUAGUGGGCGGCACCAAUUACUACAUAGAAUCUCUGCUUUGGGAUGUCCUGGUGGACUCGGAGGACAAGCAGACAGAGGGAACCCCACUUAAGGAGCAUCGAAAACAGGAGGAUCUAGAUGCCAUGUCCACUACGGACUUACAUCAUUACCUGGCCCAGAUCGACGCGGGUAGUGCCAACCGUAUUCACCCCAACAAUCGGCGUAAGAUCCUCAGGGCCAUCGAAGUCUAUCAAGAAACAGGGCAGACCCUGACCAAAAAGUUGGCGGAACAGCGAGCCCAGCCUGGAGGAAACCGUCUAGGAGGACCCCUCCGCUAUCCACAUAUCGUACUUCUGUGGCUGCGGUGCCAGCAGGAGGUGUUAAAUGUACGUUUGGAUACCCGAGUGGAUGGAAUGCUGGCCCAAGGACUCCUCCGCGAACUGCGAGAGUUUCAUAAUGCCCACCAUACUACAACUGUUCAGGCCUACACCUCGGGCGUCCUGCAGACCAUUGGCUACAAGGAGUUUGUACCCUACCUGCUGAAUCAUGACCAAAAUGAAGAUGAAAAGAUCGAGGAGUACCUCCGGAAUCAUAGCUACAAGCUGCCAAGUCAGAAAGAACUGCAGGAAGAGGGUCUUCCAGAUGGCUUGGAUAUGCUGCGGAAUUGCUGCGAGGAACUAAAGUUGGUGACUCGUCGUUACUCCAAGAAGCAGCUGAAAUGGAUCUACAAUCGAUUCCUGGCCAGCAAGGAUCGCCAAGUGCCCGAUCUCUACGAACUGGACACCAGUGAUGUUGCUGCCUGGCCGGAGGCAGUGUAUCACCGGGCAGAGACCAUAAUUGAGAGCUAUCGCAAGGGUAUGGAAUGCGAGAUUAAGCCAAUGGAAAAGAAAGAGCAUCCUGGAGCAGAUUUGGAUGAGGAGACCAGCCACUUUUGCGCCACUUGUGAAAGGCACUUUAUUGGAGAAUAUCAAUGGGGAGUGCACCUCAAGUCCAACAAGCACAAACGCAGAAAGGAGGGGCAGCGCAAGAGGGAGAGGGAGCAGGAUAUUAAGCUAUCCACGGAUCAACUUCUAGCAAAAAAGCAGAGGGAAGACUGUAAAGAGAAGGAUAAGGGGGAGGGGGAGGCUCAGCUGUCAGCCAGCCAAGUCAAAGAUACUGAUAAGGCAAUGUAAAACCAGACACGGCUUGGCAAUAAAUGAACCUACGUAAACUUGA